AAAGUGAUGAGAUAUAUCUAGCGAUAUAUCGUCGGCUUUUUAUUUUUUCCACGCAUUAAAUUUACUUUCGAGGUUUAAAAACAAAUCGGCAGCGAAGUUUACUAACUUUCAUAAGUAAUUGUGCAUUGCGUGCGGCUUAAAACAUUGUCGGAUAGCAAUUAAAAGCAGCCUUAAAUCGAACUGCAAAAUAGACGGCUAAAGCAGAUGCGAAAAAAUAGAGACGAGAACGAGAACGCCACACAACACAUACACGACGCGCAGGCUGGCUGUCAGACGUAGCGAGUCGGUCGGUCGGUCGGUUGAAGAGGCCAGUUUUUACAGGCAAAAUCCGAGUAAAAAAUUAAGUUUUUUUGCACUGAAAAAGUCGGCUCGUGCAAAUAUCAGUGCAGUGUAUGUGUACGCACACAAAGUGGCAAUAAAAUGUGCAAUUGUACGGAAAGCUAAACACCCAAAUGUAAAUUGGAUAUCCGCAAAACGCUAGACAAUAUGGAAACGCAGGAGUUAAACUAAACCUAAAAUCACAACAAAAGCAAAUAAACGCUUGCAAAAUUAUAUACAUGCUCCGGUGUUAGUGCUGCUAAUUUCGGCAGAGGAGAGUUCAAUCUCAGGGUGCCAGCAGCAGCGGGCAGCGGCGCGCUGCCAACAGGAAGAGGAAGCAUAAGCAAUUCGCUCAACCACAGGCUACGAACAAAAUAUAUAUAAAAAAAAAUUACGGUACAAAAAACUACAACUGUUACUUGUUGUUUUUCCCCUCGUCCCUGGUUGAGCAACAAUUUAGAAACAAUAACAACAAGAACAGCAACACAACAACAAUGUAUCCCGCACCGGUGCGUCACCCCGCCGCCGGGGGACCACCACCUCAGGGUCCAAUCAAAUUUACCAUUGCCGAUACACUGGAGCGCAUCAAGGAGGAAUUUAAUUUUCUGCAGGCACAAUAUCACAGCAUCAAAUUGGAGUGCGAGAAGCUGGCAAACGAAAAGACCGAAAUGCAGCGCCAUUAUGUUAUGUACUAUGAAAUGUCCUAUGGCCUUAAUGUGGAAAUGCACAAGCAAACGGAAAUCGCCAAGCGUCUAAACACACUGAUCAACCAGCUACUUCCAUUCCUACAGGCCGAUCAUCAGCAACAAGUGCUGCAAGCGGUAGAGCGUGCGAAGCAGGUCACAAUGCAGGAACUCAAUCUGAUCAUUGGGCAGCAUCAGCAGCAACAUGGAAUACAUCAACUUUUACAACAAAUACACGCACAACAGGUGCCAGGCGGGCCGCCACAGCCGAUGGGCGCUCUAAAUCCGUUUGGUGCAUUGGGUGCCACGAUGGGCUUGCCACAUGGGCCACAGGGCUUGCUUAAAGCGCCGCCUGACCAUCAAAGGCCGGAUAUAAAGCCCAUGGGCUUAGAGGGACCAGCGGGCGCUGAAGAGCGCUUGCGCAAUUCGGUUUCACCAGCGGAUCGUGAGAAAUAUCGUACGCGCUCGCCACUGGAUAUUGAGAACGACUCGAAACGUCGAAAAGAUGAAAAACUGCAAGACGAUGAAGGCGAGAAAAGCGAUCAAGAUUUAGUCGUAGAUGUUGCAAAUGAAAUGGAAUCCCACUCACCACGCCCAAACGGCGAACAUGUAUCAAUGGAGGUGCGUGAUCGUGAGAGUCUAAACGGCGAGCGUCUGGACAAACCGGGCGGCAGUGGCAUUAAACAGGAGCGCCCGCCUUCGCGUUCAGGCUCCAGUUCAUCGCGUUCCACACCCAGCCUCAAGACAAAAGAUAUGGAUAAACCGGGCACACCGGGCGCGAAGGCACGUACACCGACACCAAACGCUGCAGCACCAUCUCAGGGCGCAAAUCCUAAACAAAUGAUGCAACAAGGUGGCCCACCGCCGGCUGGCUAUCCAGCGUCACCGUAUCAGCGACCGGCGGAUCCCUAUCAGCGUCCACCAUCGGAUCCCGCCUAUGGACGACCGCCGUUGCCGUACGAUCCGCAUGCGCAUGUACGAACAAACGGCAUUCCACAUCCCUCGGCACUAACGGGUGGAAAGCCUGCAUACUCUUUCCAUAUGAACGGCGAGGGUAGCUUGCAGCCGGUGCCAUUUCCGCCGGACGCGCUGGUAGGCGUUGGCAUACCAAGACAUGCGCGACAAAUAAAUACGUUAUCGCAUGGCGAGGUCGUCUGUGCGGUGACUAUUUCAAAUCCUACAAAAUACGUUUAUACUGGCGGCAAGGGCUGCGUCAAGGUGUGGGACAUCUCACAGCCGGGCAAUAAGAAUCCCGUCAGCCAGCUGGAUUGCCUGCAGCGCGAUAAUUAUAUACGAUCGGUGAAACUGCUGCCGGAUGGACGCACACUCAUUGUCGGUGGCGAGGCAUCGAAUCUAUCGAUAUGGGAUUUGGCCAGUCCAACGCCACGCAUCAAGGCCGAGCUAACCUCAGCGGCGCCUGCCUGUUAUGCGCUCGCCAUCAGUCCCGAUUCGAAGGUGUGCUUCUCGUGCUGCAGCGAUGGCAACAUCGCUGUCUGGGAUCUGCACAAUGAGAUACUGGUACGUCAGUUCCAGGGUCACACGGACGGUGCCUCGUGCAUUGACAUCAGUCCGGAUGGCUCAAGAUUAUGGACCGGCGGCCUGGACAAUACAGUGCGCUCGUGGGACCUACGCGAAGGUCGCCAGCUGCAGCAGCACGAUUUCAGUUCUCAAAUAUUCUCGCUUGGCUACUGUCCCACAGGUGACUGGCUGGCCGUAGGCAUGGAGAAUUCACAUGUGGAAGUAUUGCAUGCAUCGAAACCAGACAAGUAUCAGCUCCAUUUGCACGAGAGCUGCGUUCUGUCGUUGCGGUUUGCCACCUGUGGCAAAUGGUUCGUUUCCACCGGCAAAGACAACCUGCUUAACGCAUGGCGAACACCAUACGGUGCCAGUAUAUUCCAGUCGAAGGAAACAUCAUCCGUACUUAGCUGCGACAUAUCAACUGACGACAAAUAUAUUGUGACGGGUUCGGGCGAUAAAAAGGCUACUGUCUAUGAAGUUAUUUAUUAAAAAAACAAAAACAAAAACAACAAAACAAAAAGAAGAACACCAGAGAGGGAAUCCACACUUUUCAUUUUGUAAUAAUCGCAUAUAGGUUUUUAUUACAACUACAAAAAAAUAAUAAAAAUGAAUAACACAUUGUUCGAUAGCAUGCUAAUAACAACAAGCAAACAAACAAACAAACAAACAACAACAGCAACAACAAAGCAGUGGCAGCAGUACAAUGCAUGAGAGCGAAGUAAAAAUUCUAUAAUAUAAAUAAAACAAAACAAAAAGAAAGAAAAAUAUAUAAAAAAAAAAUUAAGCGUACUUGUAGCUACUAAGCCUAGGCUAAGUCUAAUGAAAAGUUGAACACAAAUUGCAAAGUAAAAACCUAAAAUAAUAAUAACAAUAAUAAUAAUAAAAAAUACAGAGCAGAAAACUAAAAAAAAAAGUAAUAACAGUCGGCGUUACCUACUACGCUCAUCAAAAGAAUUAAAUGCUGGGUCCUUUUCAAUUGUGAACCCAGCAUGGAUUAGUCAUUGCUGGAGCGUUGAGAUUAUGCAUACCAGAUGAGAACACGAUGUCAGAAAUGUGAGUGCUUUUAGUUUGUCCAUGUGUUUAUAUAUAUGUCGGCAGCGAAGUUUUUUGUGAACAAAAUCGAACGUAAAUUAAUAAUUGCGAAUGCAACACAAAAUUAUAAGUUUUUAAUUUGUCAAUUUGUUUAAAUUAGUGACUGCUACCCUGCUACCACAGUGUACUGUACCAACCCACACUUCACUUCCUCUUCGCACACGAAACACAUUUGCAUGCAGAAAAAGUAUAUAUAUAUAUAAAUAUAAAUGAAUAUAAUUAGUAAGCAGUUUAGUUAAGAAUUUUACAUUAUAAAUAAACACAACAAUAACAACAAAACGAAGCAGGCGCCGCCGCAACAGCACUUCCACACACACACACACACUCACACUCACACCCACACUUCGCACACACAUCAAUAGCCGGGGGCGCCAAAGCGGCCAGCUUUUGCUUGUAUGUAAUUUUGAAAAAAAAAAAAAACAUAAGUAAAUCCUUUGUCAAAAUCCAAACAUUUGUAAAAUCCUGUUUUGUGCAGCUAAAAAAAGAAAACGGAAAACAAAAACAAAAAAUAAUAUUAAAACAAGCAAAUAAUUAAAAAAGAACUUGUUUACACAUUAGUUUAUAUAGAAAUGAAUCGGAUAUAUAUAUAUAUACUUAUAUAUAUAUAUAUAUAUAUAAAUAUAUAUUAUAUAGAAUUGUGGGCACAUCUCGCGCCCAGCGAAAAUUGUAAUAAGCAAAA